CCUUAAUUUUUGUGGGCUAACUCUUGUUUUGAACGUGGCAGCAAUGGGAACCUCAUUUGAGCGAGUAGAGGAGUUAAAGAGAAAAAGAGAGCAGGAGCUGGAUGGAAACUAUAGGGGCAAAAGGCCUGAAACUGCCUACACCACUCCAAGUCGUCCCCCAAGUCGUCCCCCAACUGGUGGGUUUACGGCUGAAGCUCGCCAGAAUUACCGUCAGUCAGCCGCUGCACUGGCUACUCAAGGAUCUCUGUUCUCACCAACGAAGGUACACAAAUACAAAUGACGAGGCCUGCUCAUGACAAGGAGGCCUCGACCUCAUCAUGGGCACCUCAUCACCUUUGCAUUUAUAUUCCAUCACAAUUUGGUACAGUAGUUUUUAGCAUUUAAAAUCUUAGUGCAGAGGAAAAGCUUAGCGCAAGAAUAACAGUAAUUAGAUAAG